AUGACAAAUCAAACAUCAACUAUCAAGCAUGAAGGUUGGCUAACUAAAGAAGGUGGUGGAUUCAAAAGUUGGAAAAGAAGAUGGUUUAUUUUAAGAGGUGGAGACCUAUCUUAUUUUAAAUCCAAAGGUGAUCCAACUCCAUUAGGUGUAAUUCAUUUAAAUACAGUUGGACAUGUAAAGGUUUCGGAUAGAAAGAAAAAGAACAAUGGAUUCGAAGUACAAACACCAUCGAGAACCUUUUAUAUUAGUGCCGAUACAGACGAUGAACGUCACCGUUGGAUCGAUGUACUUUCACAUGAGCGUGAUCUCUUGAACAACGCAGACAAACCAAAGAAACCGGAAAAGGUUGGAGUUCACGACUUUGAUUUGUUGAAUUUGGUUGGAAAAGGUUCGUUUGGAAAGACCGAGGACAAACUCUACUUUAUUCUCGACUAUGUCAACGGUGGUGAACUCUUCUAUCAUUUGCAGCGCGAGAAGAAGUUUUCAGAGGAUCGUGUUCGUUACUAUGGUGCAGAGAUUGUUUUGGCACUGGAACAUCUCCACUUGUCCGGAGUGAUCUACCGUGAUCUCAAGCCAGAGAAUCUGCUACUCACCAACGAGGGUCACAUUUGUAUGACCGAUUUCGGUCUGUGCAAGGAGGGACUGAACUCGCCCAACGACAAAACCGUCACAUUCUGCGGAACGCCCGAGUAUCUCGCACCGGAAGUUCUACAGGGCAACGGCUAUGGAAAGCAGGUCGAUUGGUGGUCGUUCGGAUCGCUGCUCUUUGAGAUGUUGACUGGAUUGCCGCCAUUCUACAGUCAGGACGUCCAGGAGAUGUAUCGUAAGAUCAUGGGUGAGCGUCUCACCUUCCCAGCACACAUUUCACCUGAUGCUCGUUCACUCUUGGAGUUGCUACUCGAGCGUGACCCAGACAAGCGUUUAGCAGAUCCAAACAUCAUCAAGCGUCAUCCAUUCUUUAAAUCGAUCGACUGGGAGUUACUCUUCCAAAAGAAGAUCCCACCUCCAUUCAUCCCCAACGUCAAAGGAUCCGCCGACACCUCUCAGAUCGACCCAGUAUUCACCGAUGAAACACCAUCUUUGACAAUGGCUGGUGAAUGUGCACUAUUACCAACUCAACAAAAAGAUUUCGAAGGUUUUACAUAUGUUGCUGAAUCAGAACAUUUAAAAUAA